AUCCCUUCAAGCAAAUAUAUUUAGGUUAUUUAAGACAAGUAUCCCAGUUCAGCAAUAAUACAGAUCGUGCAGAAUGUAUGCCGAUAGUGGAGAAUGAGUGAUAGAAAUAAUAAUUUGGCGGCCAACGUCGCAGCAAGCCCCAUCCAAGAUUUUUACCGGGACGGCUGCAUCCUCAUCACUGGGGGCACCGGCUUCGUAGGAAAGGCUCUCAUCGAGAAGCUGCUCAGAUCCUGUCCGGAGAUUUCAACAAUAUUUGUUCUUAUUCGUUCCAAACGAGGUCAGGAUCCCGAGUCUCGUUUCAGAGAUCUUGUGAAAAAUACAGUUUUUGAUAGAAUACGGAAUGAGAACAGUGGUUUGCUGAAGAAAAUUGUGUUGGUGGCUGGUGACUUGACAGAGAACAAUUUCGGGCUGUCGGAUUCUGACCACCAGAGGUUGCUGGCAGAUGUGACGGUCGUCUUUCACUCUGCUGCCACAGUCAGAUUCAAUGAAGAUCUCAAAGUCGCAGUCAAUCUCAACACAAAGGCCACUCAAAGAGUCAUUGAGUUUUGUGCUAAUAUCCAUAACCUCAAGGCACUAGUACACAUAUCAACAGCCUAUUCCAAUGCAGAGAAGAAAACUGUGGAGGAAGUUGUGUAUAAGCCUCCGGCGAAUCCGUUUGGGGUAAUGGAGUUAUGUCAGAACUUUGAUGACAAGACACUACAGGAUAUGUCUGAGUGUCUCAUGGAUCACGGGAACCAUCCUAACACCUACACUCUCACCAAGGCCAUGGCAGAGUGGGUUGUGCAUGAACAGGCUGACUCGUACCCUGCAGCAAUUGUCAGGCCUUCAAUAGUGACAGCAGCAUGGAGAGAACCGAUGCCUGGUUGGGUAGACAACAUCAGUGGCAUCACAGGCAUCAUGAUGGAGAUCGGACGAGGUACAAUACGAAGCAUCAUCUGCGAUGAGCAACUCAUAGUAGACAUAGUGCCUGUGGAUAUCGUAGUUAACACACUGAUAGCAGCGGCCUGGCACAUCUUCACCUUCAGAAGUAACAGUGUUAGGGUGUACAACUGCACAUCUGGUUCUUUGAAUGCCAUCCAUUGGCAUGAGCUAGGGAGACUGACAAAGAAACAUGCUCUGACUGUGCCAACCAAAUACAUCCAGUGGUACCCUGGGUUCUCAUUUCGGACGAACAGAUUUGUUCAUUGGACGAUCCACAUUCUAUUUCACUUUAUGCCAGCAUUCUUUAUUGACUCCGUUCUUCGCAUGCAAGGGUCUAAACCAAUUAUGAUGAGAAUAUGUGAUAAAUUCAAGAAAACAGCAAAAACUGGGGAGUUCUUUGCACUUCACGAGUGGGAUUUUAAAUGCGACAACCAGAAGUCUCUGAGCUUUGACAUGACAGAAAAGGACAAAAAAUUGUUCACUUCCGAUGUGACUCUUCUAAGAUGGGAUGAAUAUGUGAAGCAAUAUAUGAUUGGUAUACGUAAAUAUGUAUUAAAGGACUCCAUGGACUCACUUCCUGCAGCUAAACAAAAAUUACAAAGAUUGUACUUACUCCAUCGUUGCAGCCAGGUUGUAGCUGCAUUCAUGCUACUCAAGUUGAUUGGAUUGCGCUGAACUCACAUUCUCUCACUUCUUGAUGAAAUAUUGUACAUAUAGAAUGACACUGUAGGUGUUGUUUAGAAAUACUGUAUACUUUAAUUCAACUUUACUGUAACUUUACUAAGCCACACUUUUCGAUUUAUAAUAAACAAUAGCUCAAUUAUUAGAGAAACCCCUUUGAUUGUUCAGUUCUACAAACUACAGUGUUUGGUAAGAAAUAAACAUUUAUCAUAUCAAAUUAACAAUUUUAUAAACCAUUACUUGUAAUGUAAAUUAUAAGUUGAUAUUUACACUAAAAAUGUGCAUGAACAUUUAGGGUAUAAAACAUUUAGAUGAAUUUGUUUCAUCAAAAAUAUGUUGUAUAUAAGGUCACACAAACAUUUUACAUAAAAAAAAACAUCAAAAACACCAAUAUUUUCUGUUCUAUUAUAAACAUCCUGCAUUAUGAUUACACUAUUUUUUAUAAGAAAAUUAUUUGGAUGAUGUGUAUGUAUGAAAUAUUAAAAUAUGUUAACGUAUAAAUACAUGGCACAUGU